AUGGACCGGAUGAAGACGUUAACGGACGCGCUAAGUAUCACUGGGUUCGACGAGCUCCAAGUGAUAGAAGAAGAAAAAGAAGCGGCCAACAGAAAGAAGCGACAGAGAAGAGCAUCGAGAGAACAACACGAGUGCACAAGCCCGGUUGCAGCAUCGCAAAGAAGGAAAUCUACCACAAGUCAAGAAAUCGACGAAGAAGAAGACUACGACGUGAUUCUGUUGAAUGAAAUUCGAAAGAAUUUAGCAGGAAGGACCAGCGACACCGUGGACGAUUGCUUCAGCAGGGCGGGCAAAAGCGAGGAAGAGAGGAAAGCGAAGUCGCGGGGCGCCAGGACGUCGGUAGAUAAGACGAAAUCGAAAACUCGAAUUUGCGCAGCUGGGAGUAAUAAGCCUCCGGAAAGGAGGAAAGCAUCAGAUGGAGAGCGAAGCGGUUCCGUAAAAGCAGGAACGAAGCGUAGAACAUCGGUGCAAGCCGAUAGUGUAUGUGGAAAAAGAGAAGGACGCAAAAAAUCUGCAAAAGAUUUCGAUGAUGCCUCGUCGAUAAGCGAAGAAGAAUAUACGGAAGAAGAUGAAGAAGAUGAUGAUGUAGAUAAAGUUCGUAGAGUUAGGGGUAGUAAAAGCAGCGCAGGCGGUAGACCAGGAGGUCAAGGCGGUAGUAGAAAAAAGAAUAGCCAAUCUUACAAUAUAACAAUUCAACCAGAAAAAACGGAGAAACCCAAAGAAAGAGACGUUAGCAGAAAACCAGUUUGCAACAUAAACGCAUAUAGAGGCAGUGAAGAUGAAAUAGAGUGA